AUGGGCUCAAUAGUGUAUUCAACAGACUCCAUCAUCGCCAUCCUUGAUGGCGUCCACCCAAACAAAUUCGGCGGCGAUGAAGUUGAGCGUCUGCGAGUUCGCGCAGCUGCUCGUCGUCUCUUAGCAAGAGUCGAAUCACCAUACGAGCGAGCUUGGGGCUUCUGUUUUGAGCAUCCCGCUGUCUUUGCUGCUCUACAGACUUGUAUCGAUCUGGGUGUCUGGAAGGCCUGGACCGAGGUUGGUGGUGGCAAGAAGACCAUUCAUGAUUUGGUGGCCCUGUCAGGUCAGGGUGUCGAUACUAAUUUGCUUCACCAAGACACGUUCAAGCCAACACCAUUCUCAUACGCUAUAGGCGAUGAAUCCACCAAAGUCCGAGCAUCACUGGAAGCAGCAAGCCAGCAUUACAUCGCAGCCGGUCAAAGCCUCCCCAAAUACCUCGCCAAAAUAGGUUACAGGGAACCCACUUCAGCUGACGACGGCAACUACGUACAAAGCGAUCCACAAGGUCUCAACUUCUUUGGCAGACUCCAAAAGAGUCCGGAGUAUUAUGAAACCUUUACUGGACACAUGGAGGCUUGGACUGCGUGGAAGACGCCCUGGACUAAGAUCUAUGACCUCGGCAAGUUAAUUGAUGGUGCUGACCUUAGCAAACCUUUUGUUGUCGACGUGGGCGGUAACACUGGGAUUGAUAUUUCUCAUGUUCUUAGAGCGAUACCUGACUUACCUGCUGGAGCGUUGAUUCUUCAGGACCUUCCCGAGAUUAUUCAAAAGGUUCAUGUUGAUCGCAAGAUUAAGGCGCAGGUUCAUGACUUUUUCAAACCUCAACCCACGAUAAGUAAGCUGGUUCACCCAGCUCAAUGA